AUGAGGUACGAAGACUACCUUCGACAAGAAAACCGUCUGAUAGAAGAAGAUGAGACAGUGGAAGGACUUGAUGAGACUCCCGAUUCCGAUUAUCUUGAGGAAGUUGCUGUAAGAAAAAAGACGCUCUUUAUUGCCAAUCUCCCUUUGAAAAGUGAAAUGCCACAUAUCAUCAAUUUCUUCAGAGAUGUUGGAGAAGUUGUUAGUGUUCGACUUAUUGUAGACCACAGGGGUAAGCAUGUGGGCUGUGGCUUUGUUGAGUUUGCUUCUGCUUACAAAGCAAAGAAGGCGCCGCUGGAAAAGAAGAACCUAAGAAGAUUGCGGAAUCGUUAUGUUGUUCUUGACGUGGCUGAGAUAGCUCCAUACCCUCUCCGACCCAAGUACAACCUUGCAGAGAAGCUUUGGUACGAAGACUACCUUCGAGAAGAAAGCCUUUUGAUAGAAGCUGAUGAUUUGGAGAACAAACAGAAGAAAAAGAAGAUUAAAGAGAAACAAAUCAAUGUUACAGAAACAAAUCUCCAUAACAAGGAAAAUCAAUUUACUUGGGUCGUGGACGGUAUGGAGCAGUCUUAAGAUAAAUCUCGCGAUCGAGUAAAUAUUUGCCGUUCUUCAUUUCCAGCGCCUACAGUAUUAAAGAUUUAGUCAGCAAUCAACUUUCAAAAUAACUACUUUUAUCAUUUUCUUCGUAGGGAGAUUAACUGUGGGUAAGAAAUUAGGUGUUAUUACCAGAACACGACAGAACUUUUUUUAAUUACUGUUA